GCCGCCGCGAAGGCAGCAGUGUCGUACAUGCCACCUGAGCUUGUACGUUGCACUGUACACAGACAAGAUGGCAGCUUCAUUGGAAGACGAGUUUGAAGAUGCGCCCGACGUGGAGCCUUUAGAGCCGACACUAAAGAACAUCAUCGAGCAGAAGUCUUUGAAAUGGAUAUUUGUGGGUGGAAAGGGUGGUGUGGGUAAAACGACAUGCAGCUGUAGUCUGGCUGUCCAGCUUGCUGCCGUCAGGGAGAGCGUCCUCAUCAUCUCCACCGAUCCUGCCCAUAACAUCUCCGAUGCUUUUGACCAGAAGUUCUCCAAGGUCCCCACUAAGGUCAAAGGCUAUGAGAACCUCUUUGCCAUGGAGAUUGACCCGAGCCUGGGCGUGGCAGAGCUGCCCGAUGAGUUCUUCGAGGAGGACAACAUGCUCAGCAUGGGUAAGAAGAUGAUGCAGGAGGCCAUGAGUGCUUUCCCUGGCAUCGAUGAGGCCAUGAGCUACGCGGAGGUCAUGAGGUUAGUGAAAGGAAUGAACUUCUCAGUGGUGGUCUUUGACACCGCCCCUACCGGUCACACGCUGCGGCUGCUCAACUUCCCCACCAUUGUGGAGCGGGGUCUGGGCCGCCUCAUGCAGAUCAAGAACCAGAUCAGCCCUUUCAUCUCUCAGAUGUGUAACAUGCUCGGCCUGGGUGACAUGAACGCAGACCAGCUGGCCUCUAAGCUCGAGGAGACCUUGCCAGUCAUCCGCUCAGUUAGUGAGCAGUUCAAAGAUCCUGAACAGACCACCUUCAUCUGUGUGUGUAUCGCCGAGUUCCUCUCUCUGUAUGAGACGGAGCGGCUGAUCCAGGAGCUGGCAAAGUGCAGCAUUGACACACACAACAUCAUCGUCAACCAACUCGUUUUCCCAGACUCGGAUAGGCCGUGUAAAAUGUGUGAAGCCCGCCAUAAAAUUCAGUCCAAGUAUUUAGACCAGAUGGAAGACCUUUAUGAAGAUUUCCACAUAGUCAAAUUACCACUGCUGCCCCAUGAAGUUCGAGGUGCUGACAAAGUCAACACGUUCUCUAAGCAACUUCUGGAACCGUACAAACCCCCAAAUAAGUGAUCCUCCCUACCUGCAGGACCUCCCCCCUCUCCCUCCAAUGUAACUCACCUAUACAGUCUGAACUUACCCCCCCACACCCCCCAGCCAGCCUCAAACCCCGCAGUAACGGCCUCAAGUUGAUCUCAGUCCUCACCUCGUCAUCCAAAGCAGAAUACUGCUACAGCAAGACACACGCCCUUAUUGAAGGAGAGCUGAUGAUAUCACACACACAUAAAUAACCUGCUGUAUUGUUAGAGAGAUAAGGUGGUACACAUUUGUGCUGCCUUACUCUCCGUUCACCUUCUCUUUCCUUCAUUUCCUGUGUGUGGCAGUUGUACUAUUCCUACUCGAAGCAUUUAACUUUUUCUCUUUACAAACCUCUCCUCCUCCUCCUCAUUCUCCUGCUCUUCCUGCUCCUCCUCCUCCUCCAUCUUGCACAGUGUCCAGCCUCAGUUGUGAAAACCAAGUGUUUCCAGUGCCGGUGCUGUGUAUUCCAGGAUAAAAAACGGCUUUCAGAUGGUUGAUGUUUAUGCCUUGUUUAUUCUGUGUGGUUUGGUGGCUGUGUCUGUUCUCCAGUUUGACUUUUGACUAAAACUUCACGCAGAUUCAUCUCUCACAUCGAGAAUUUUCAUCAAAAUCUCCACCGAUUCAGUGUGUGACGACAGGACAACGAAAAAAAGAUGGGUUACUUUUAAAAAACAAAACAUAAUAGGGUCUGUGGUCUUAAGUUAUUCUUUAUAUCUUGACCAAGACCAUCCUUGUUAUUGCAAUAAACCAGAUCAGUCUAUAGUGUGUCUUUUACCAUUGGUUUAAGUCAUUAGACCUCACCUCGCCAUGUGAUCCUGGUGUAAAUGCAGUUACCAUAAAGUCACUGAGAUUUUUGAAUCGAGCUUUAGAUCCAUGUAUGGCUGUUAGUGUUUAACUGGACAGUCUUAAUGGCCUCUGUUACAUAUUUUAGGCCUCUGUGGUUGUUUCAGGUGGUAAAAAUGUGUGAUCAGAUUCCUGAUGUUUGAGUGGCUGGAAGCUGAAAGAGUUUAUUAUUGAUGCAAGUGAACUCCCAAUACCAGGUUCCCGUACAGUGCUCAUGAAACUCAUCAAACACUCUUCUGUCAAACAUUUUGUGUCCAUCCUGUUAACUGAGAACUAUAUGGGAACACUAUUGAAGUACAUUAGUAGCCUUAUUUAGUGCAUUGUUAAUUAAAAUAUAUUGAAUGUUGCUUGAUCAGAUGUUGAAUAAAUGAAUGGAGUUGUUAAAGUAGAAUUAAAGCAUCUUUGCCCUCCCGGUGACUGAAUACUAGCUCGCCUGAUGCUUCAUUGUUUUCCAACAGAAAGAUAUAGAUGACAGGUUACUCAAGAACAAAGCAUCAUCACCCUCUCUGUCACUGAAUGCUUUUGAGUCAAUAAGAAUCUGUUUUCUAUAGAUUUUCUUUAAAUUAUGUUGCGAGUGUUAAUUAAAACAAACUUGCCUCAGU